GUUGUGGAAACGCAUGUCAAUAUUUGUUUAUUCGAUCACACAACGUCGGGGCUUCCAGUCACAGUUUCUAAAACUCUGAAAGUUUGCUGUGAAACCAGGAGAGGAGACUGGCAAGAUGCGGCUGAACGUUGUGGUUCUCCUCCUGGUGUAUGCCACCCAUUCAACGGCGACUAGCUGCAGGGACUGCACAAGAACUUAUGAGACCGAUAAGUCAAAUUCAGGAACAGUUAAUGCAGCCAAAUGCACGGCGCUGGCGAAGUAUCUGACAUGCCUGGAGACAUCUUCUACGACGGACACAGAGUGCCCAUUGACAACAGCGCAAGCAGCUGACAUUCAGACUGUCUUUACAAGCGCGUCUUGUGGCGUCACGGGUACCUGCGCUUGUCAGCAAGGCUUCUGGAAGACCGACCCGAAUGAUAGUUCUACAUCAAUCUGCAGCGCUGCCAAGACUUACAUAUCGUGCCUCAAAGGGAAGACAACUCGGGGCUGUGAUGGGUCUUCCAGUGCAGCAUCUCUGGCAGCUGGCGUGCAGACAAGGAUGUCGACUUUGGCUAACUGCUCUGUGAAUGAUGUCUGUCAGUGUGAGAUCAACGCUGCGAAAGCUGACAUCUCCACCGAGGCCAAGAAAUGCAGUGCCGACAAGGCCCAGUAUGCUUGCCUCUAUUCACUGGAGGCGACUUCCACGUGUAAUGAUAACAACGUCACCUCUCUGACCGCUGACGCUGUGACAUCAGUCACGUCCAUCGCAUCGUGCACCUUCGACGACACGUGCCUUUGCCAGCGCGCAUUUGACAACGCCCAACAGACAGAUGAUGCAGAAAAGUGCACCGCUUACAAAAACAAACUGAGCUGCUUGGCGACUGCCAGGUCUGUUGGUUGUAACGGCACCAUCGCAAAACGAAUCAUUGGAACACUAGCUGGAUAUGAACUGGCCGCACUCAAUGUAACUCUAUGUCCAGAGUCAACUUCCACUUGCAAAUGCGAGAUCGCCGCCGCCAAGGGAGACUCUUCGAGCGGCAGUAAAUAUUGCAAUGUCCUUUCAACACUGAAGACCUGUCUGAGAAAUAUCACAGGCACCACCGGUUGUAACGACAUGACCAAGACCAGCAUCGCCACUGCCGUCGACAUGAAAAUACAGGCCAGAUGUGCCUCUUGUCAAGUGACCUUUGCCAUGACGUCACUGCUACUGUUGUUCAUGCUCACCUUGACCCUCUGAGGGACAAACGCCCCUGGAAGUCCUUCUGUUACCUGUCACCCUUCAUUAUAUGUUUAUUUCGUUAUAUGUAUCGUAUCUACCCGUAUUUAACUAUAGUCACUGGUCGUUCGUAUACAAUGUUGGUGCCAUGUGUAAGCUAAGCUGUCUUGUCCGUACCAUGCUUUUUACUAGCCUCUGUCAUCGAAGUGGUAAACGUCUUACACCAGCACCACUUCGGGCUUUCCUCCCACAUGAAGCAGACGCGUUCUGAUAUAACUGGCAUACUGUUAAAAGCCGCGUUAAACCCAACUCACUCACUCUUACCAUCAUCGAUUAUCAAGUAUUUUAUCUGUUCUAUUAUGAUAAAUACCCUGUACUUAUGUCUCAAUGAUUUUAUAGAAAAUAGUGGUAGGUUUCUUAUUGUACAUUUUUACAAUAUGGGUAGCCUUCUUAUUAUAUACGGGGGCACGGGUGGCCCAGUCGUCUAAAGCGCCGCGAUUCGCUGUGCAGAGUUGUGUCCCUUGGGCACGCCAGAAACCUAUAAUUGUGGGUCCGAAUCCCGGUUCACCCCGA